UCUCCAGCUCAAAAAUGGCAGGUGCAACGUUUCUAAAUCAUCAGUUAUAUAUAUUUCCUUGGAGAGUCAAAUGAAUGUCAUGAUACACAGUACUGAAGUCUAACCAUAUCUGUCUUCAAUGGCAAGAAAAAUAAGUGCAUCCUAUUGCUUCAUACUCUGCCUGAUCAUUGUUUCGUUAACAACAGACUCGUUAAAUGAUUCUUCAGACAAACAGUUUAAGAAGCGCAAUUUAGGAGUCAUAGUAGAUUCAACGUCCCGUGAAGGGAAGGAAGAAAUCGUAGCAAUGCGGAUGGCAAUUGAAGAUUUCUAUGCCAAUUGUAGUCAUCGUCCCACGUUACAAGUUAAAAACUCGCACGGAGAUUCCAUCAAAGCAGUUUCCUCAGCUAAAACACUAAUCAAGAAGCAUCAUGUACUGGCAAUCCUAGGCAUGGGAACCUGGCAAGAGGUUGCGCUUGUUGCGGAGCUUGGUGAUAAAUCUAACGUUCCUGUUCUUUCCCUGGCAAAUGUAAUGCCACAGUGGUCAUACCAGCGUUGGCAUUUUCUGAUCAAUUCAGCUCGCAGUCAAUUUGCUGAGAUGAAAGCUGUGGCAGCUGUAAUUCAAAGCUGGCAAUGGCGAAAAGUAAAUGUCCUAUACGAAGAUAUCCCUUCAACUGUCUCGGGUAUCUUCCCGUAUUUAAUAUCUGCUCUCCAGGAUGCAGGUUCUGAGAUUAAUGACCUUCUGCCUCUGUCUCCUCUGCCUGUGCCUUUGCUAUCAGAAUCACUAAAGCGCCUUAAGAAUGGUCAAUGCAGAGUUUUCAUUGUUCACACUUCUGCAAAAUUAGCAAAUAUUAUCUUUACAGAAGCAAAAAAGUUAGGAAUGAUGGAAAAUGAAUUCGUGUGGAUCACGACUGUUGGCAUUACGAAUUUGAUUGAUACAUUUAAUUCAUCUGUCAUUUCAUCGAUGCAAGGUGUUGUAGGAGUCAAAAGUUACUAUCCUCAAUCUAGCAAGCGAUUCAAAAACUUCUACUAUAGAUUUCGGAAAAAGUUCCAUUUGCUAUACAAACACGAUCCAUUUCCAGAUCCAGGGAUAAAUGCUCUGCAAGCUUAUGAUGCUAUGCGGGCUGUAGCUCUGGCAAUGGAAGGAUUUCCAUUCCGAAAAGUUCUUCAGAACUCGAACAAUAGCUUUCCUAUGGUAAGAGGACAUAAGCUUUUGAGCAGAAUAAAAGAAAACAACUUUGAAGGUUUAACUGGAGCAUUCAUUUUGAGAAAGGGAAUGCUUGCUUCUGCUAACACUUUCCGGAUAGUUAAUGUUGUCGGAAAAAGUUAUCGAGAAGUCGGAUAUUGGACUGAGAAUUUUGGUUUCUCAGAAACCAUUGACAUUGGUGAAAAGUAUAGCAAGUCAAUGCAGAUUCUAGGACAUAUAUUUUGGCCUGGAAAUCCUUGGUUAGUACCUAGAGGAUGGGCAGCACCAACUAAUGAUAAGCUACUUAAAAUAGGAGUUCCUAUGACAAAUACACAUAAAGAGUUUAUAGAUGUCAAACAUGUUCUUCAUAAGGGUAAUUUAACUGUUUCGGGAUUUUCCGUCGAUGUCUUCAAAUCCACACUCGAAUCUUUACCCUAUGCCUUACCAUAUAUUUUUGUUCCUUUCAAUGGAACCUAUGAUUCUCUGGUUGAGCAUAUUAAACUUCAGAGUUUUGAUGCAGUAGUUGCUGAUACUGCAAUAGUUGCACAUCGUUGCAAAUACGCAGAGUUCUCGCAGCCCUAUGCCGAUCCAGGCCUCCAAAUUAGACACUACAACAGACAGUUAGUUCAAGGCCCUAUCUGGGAGCAAAUUGGCAGAAUGCUCUCAACCUCAUUCAUCACACUCUUUUCACUAAAAGGUGAUAAAUUGCAUAGCAAUUUGUCUCGGAUGGCAAUGGCAGCUUGGCUUUUUGUUGCACUGGUCAUAACUCAAAGUUUCACCGCCAACUUAACGACCUUGCUCACUGUAAAAAGACUUGAUCCGAUUCUUGUUACUGUUGAGACAUUGAAGGAGAGUAGAGCAAAAGUUGGGUGUGAUGGGAGCUCUUUUGUUGUGAAAUAUUUGGAACAAGCUCUAGGUUUCGAUCCUGAAAAUAUUGUGAGAAUGUAUUCAGGAGAUCAUUAUGCUGAGGCACUUUCUACUGGAGAGAUAGCUGCAGCAUUUCUGGAGGUUCCAUAUGUCAAAGUUUUCCUUGCCAAAAAUUGCAAAGGAUUCAGUACUUCAGGACCAACAUUCAGAGUUGGAGGCUUUGGAUUUGUAUUCCCAAGGAAUUCUCCAUAUCUUCCUGACAUUUCAGAAGCCAUUCUGAGAGUAGCAGAAAGUGGUAGACUCAAGGAUCUUGAAAGCUCUAUGACAUCCAACUACAAAUGCGCCGCCUCCAAGUCAGAUAAUCAUGACAGCUUGGGACUAAGUAGUUACUGGGGUAUUUUUGCGAUCACUGGAGGAACAUCUACAUUCGCUGUUUUACUCUUUGCCAUUGGUCGUAUCUGCGAAAGGUGGCACCAACAAGUGGAUGGACAGCAACAACAUCCACAGCAAUAUGAUCCUAUGGCUGAUGAACAGCAGCAGCAGCCGCAACAACGAGAACAGCAGCAGCACGAUCCUGCCGCAGAUGAGCAGCAGCCGCCACAACAACACGAUCCUACGGCAGAUGAACAUCAUUUGCCUGAUCAACUGGAGCAGCAUCAAGAUCAUGCUGUGGAUGAGCAUUUCAUGCCCAGUAGAUAGUAACAACAGUAUGAUUCUGUUGCAGACGAAUUCAGUGGUGUACCUAGACAUAUAAUUCCAGACGACAAACAAUACAACUGUGC